AUUUAAAAUAUGGCUCGCAAAUUUUGGACUCAUUUGGCGAGACUAGUCAUACUUUUAUGGUCAUGGUGACAUCUUGUCGUAGCUUAUGAUCCUGAUACGAUAGAUGUUCAUAUAGUCUGCCAUUCACAUACAGAUGCAGGAUGGUAUAGAACCUAUGACUCUUACUUUACUGGAUAUGUUAUUCCUAUUUUGAAUAGCACAAUUGAUAAAGUUCAUUCAGGAAAGAACUACAAAUAUAACUGGGCAGAUACAUCCUUCCUUGCUAAAUGGUAUCGAGAAAUUGCCUCAGAAGAGCAUAAAAAGAAACUCCAUGAACUUGUAAAGCAAGGAAAAUGGCAAUUCAUGGGCUCUGGAUGGGUAAUGAGCGACGAAUCCUUGACUGUCUAUAAAAAUGUCAUGCUCCAGCUACAAACAGGUAUCAAAUUUGUGGAAGAAACUUUUGGAGUCAGACCUAAGAUUGGAUAUCAGAUAGACCCAUUUGGAAAUUCAGCAGUAACUCCAAGUAUCUUAUCAGUCCUUGGAUAUGAAGGAAUUGUAUUAAGCAGGAUUGGAACAACAUUUGAUUGGGAUCUGGAAGCCUCAGAAAACUCAGAAUUCAUUUGGGAGGGAUCAAACUUCGAUAAUAAAAGUGAUGGAAAACCAAUUCUUGCUCACCAUCUUGUUCGGUCAAAAUAUCAAGCUCCUGCAGAAUUUAAAUUACAGGAAUCUUCUUUCCCAUCAUGGAUUCACCCAAAAGCUGCUUGUAAAGAUAAGGAAGAGCUGAAUGAAAAUUAUAAAGAAUGAAUUAAGCUAUAUUGGGAUGAAGUCAUACAUCCAUCCCUAACAGGCCAUCGACAUAACCAAGUCCUGUCUAUAUUUGGCGAAGAUUUUGCAUUCAAGAAUGCUCACUAUAGCUUUGACUACAUUGAUGAGUUCAUUAAAGUUGUAAAAGAGCAUUUCCAAGAAGUGACUGGCAAAAAAAUCAACAUUUUUUACAGUACAUUCAAUGAAUAUUUUGAUGCUGUAAAGAACUUCAAUAAUGGAGAUAUAAAGUUCCCAGUCUAUAAAGGAGAUUUCCUUCCCUAUGUUCAACUCGAAGAUGGUAAUUUUGACCACUGGGUAGGAUAUUACAGCUCGACACCAUCUUUAAAACAAAUGAUAAGGCACUUAUUCCAAAGACUAAGAUCGCUUAAGUUAGAAAAUUUGCUGAGCUUUUUAAAAGAUGAUUCAGUUAAAACAAGCCAUGAGGAAAUUCAAAAGAUCCAGGAAGACACUUGAAUUUUCCUGCAUCAUGAUUCAAUUACCUCAACAUCCCCAAGCCCAACUUUGGUUGAUUAUGCUCAUAGAAUCGAAAAUAUUGAGAAGAAGAUAGAUAAAAUUGAAAAUGAUCUUCUAAAUACCUUCACUAAGAAAAGCAUCUCCAAGGAUUCAAGUAAAGCAUCCUCUGCUUUGAAAGGCACUAAAUUACUCACGAUCUUUAAUCCUCUCGGAUACACUCGUAAAGAAUUGGCUAACUUCACUACCUCAACUGAGUAUGUGCAGCUGUAUGAUUCAGAAGGAAAAGUAGUUGAAAAGGCCGAGAUUUACCUUGAAUAUCUAACUCAAUACACAAAUAGUUCAAUAAAUACCACAGAGAGACAAUUCGUAGUUAUAUUUGAAGCAGAGUUUCAACCUUUCUCAAUGACAAAGUACUUUUAUAAAGAGCUCGAUGAUAGUGCACAGUGUCAGAACAAAUGUGUUAAAGUUAUCUCAACUCAGAGUCCGAAUGGGGGCACUGAUAUGAAAAUCGAAAACUCUCAUAUAGAGAUUGGAAUUAAAAGAGGUCAGCUCAUCUCUUCGUAUAAAGAUAAAUGGAGUGGAAUAACCGUCGAUCUUCCAACUACAAUACAUACAUAUAGCGGUACUAAAGGGGAAACUCAGUCAGGACUUUAUAUUUUCAAUCCCACCAGGAACUCGACUCAGCGUGAGCUAAGACUCCAGAUGAGAAAUCUUCAGCAAGGAAAGCUGGUGACAAUCAUUCACUCUUUCUAUAAAUUAACAGGGACUAAUACUUUGAUAGCUCAGUCAAUCACUUUGAACAAUUGUUCUAACUUUGCUCUCCAAAGAUCAGUAAGAGUUGCUACAAAGAUGUACUCGGAAGAACUUUAUGAAUUCACCAUGAGGUCUGACCUGAGUAAGACUUUUGGUUCAGAUAAAACUCAGAUUUAUUCACAUAAUGGAGCAGAUAAUCAGCUCAAGCAAUUUUAUACUUAUGAAGAGGCCAAAAAGUUCAACUUGACACAAAACGAAAUGGAAUAUGUUGGCCUUAAUGGUUUUGCUAGUAUAUAUGGGACUACUUUCAGGUCAGAGAAUGACAUUUUCUUCGGAUUUGUAAACUCAAAUUCUAUCUUAGUCAAUCCAUUGACCAAAAGCCAUUACGAAAUAAUGUUAAUGAGAAACACUAAUUAUUAUGAUGACAAAGGUAAAUAUUCCUGUUGAUCGCUUUUAUAGGCAUUGUUGACCCAUUGAUUGAUAAGAAUAUGGAAACAUUUGAUCAGAUCUUAUUUGCAGUACAAGGAAUUGAAUCCUUUGACAAUGUCCAAAAGCAACUCAGUGCUGUCCUUAAUGAAAAGCUUCAAGUAAGAAAGACAGAGGUAAAAUAUGAAGACAAUAUGGAUACAACUCCUGACAGUAUUUUCGUAGGAUCAGGACUCUCAGCUGGUUUUGGGGACAUAGACAUAAUUGAUGUCUCUUUUGAUACUGGCUUAAAACCAUCUGCAAACUGGAAACUAAGAAGUAGCAUGCCCUUCAAUGUGAGUCUCCAUCCAUCCUUCAGGAUUGAUUCAUAUGGAAAUAAGGGUAUCGAGAUUAACACUAACAAACCCUUCUUGAUCGAUCCUUCAGCAGAUUCUCCCUUGAAAGAGAAAAGGAGCCCAUAUACUGACCUCAGAGAUCUCUUUACAGAUGACAUGUCCUUCCCAAUUUUCAAUGACAAAAAUAAGAAGGAUUAUACUUAUGGCUACGUAGAUGUCACUACAUCUUUGAGAAACCUAAAAAGUGUGCCGAUCAAAGAAAAGGUAGAAUAUGUUGCACUAAAAGAUCUUAAAGGAAAGUUUUAUGGAGACCAUAAGAAUUCAGAAGAUCCUGCUGUGUUGGUAUCAGAAGUGCCUUGAAGUAAGGAUGGAAAAUAUCCUUCUGUUUCUCCAGAAGAUCCAAAGGCACCUUUGCAUCCUUUUAAGGAGCAUAGAGAUCCAACUGAUUGGGAUGAAGAUAAGACUAAAGAAGAGUAUUAUCCAGGAGGAUGCAACACUUGUGAUAACAAGGAUAUUUCAAUAUCUCCAUUUAUUUGGUCUUUUGUCAAAGUCUUAGCAGUAGCUUUCCUCUUGUGAAACCUGGCACUUUGUGGCAUUUUGUUCUACAUUAAAAGAUUGAGAAAGAACCAAAUCCACAAAUAUGUUAUGUAUUAAAACUGUAAACAAACAAUUUUAG